AAGACCAAAUCUGAUUAAAUUCUGGUUAAAUGAGCCAAAUGAGCAAAAGUUUCCCAUCAUCUCCCACCAACUCCAUAUUAAGUGGAGGUUUGUCUGGCCAAAACAAUUGUAAUACCGUAUCGGGUGGGCAAACGAGACUUGGACCUGCACCGUUGACUUCCCACUUCUCUCACAACUCCCACUCUCGGUCUGUCUCUCUCACCUCGAUUAUCUGUCUCUCGACUCGACUUGGACUCUGGACUCUCAGACCCAAAUUCGCAGCGCAGAGCUCCGUUCGUCCGUCCAACCACCACCAUCAUAUUUUCUCAACUCGAGCACUCCUGACCACUAUCUGUGUUCCGAAUCCUCAGUUUUAAGGAGUGACAAUUUGAGAUUUGGCGGGAUAUCCAGUUGGAGAAGCACUUGAGUAGGGGUUGGGAGAGGGAGAGGGAGGCGAAUGCAAAGGUGGAAGAGUGGGAGAUUGAUUUGGCAAAGUUGGAUAUAAGACAUGUUAUUGCUCAUGGAACCUAUGGCACCGUGUAUCGCGGUGCAUACGAUAGCCAAGAUGUUGCAGUUCCUUGAUGGCAAGCCAUACGACAGGAAAUGCGAUGUCUAUAGUUUUGGUUUUUGCUUGUGGGAAAUCUAUUGCUGCGACAUGCCUUAUCCUAAUCUAAGUUUUGCUGAUGUCUCAUCUGCAGUAGUGCGACAGAAUUUACGACCAGAAAUUCCAAGAUGUUGUCCAAGCACAUUGGCUAGCGUCAUGCGAAAAUGUUGGGAUGCAAACCCGGAUAAUCUUCCUGAAAUGGAAGAGGUAGUGAAAAUGUUGUAUGCAAUAGAUACUAGCAAGGGAGGCGGCAUGAUACCCGAAGACCAGUCUACCGGCUGUUUCUGUUUCAGCACACCUCGCGGUCCAUAACCUUCUUUGUUUCGUGUAAUAUGCUUUUAUAGAUUGUGCAGUGCAUAUUAAGACCGGUUACCAUUUCAGUGUUAGACUGCAGACAGCAGGCAGUCUUUGAAUUAUCAGUCACAUCUCUGAAUAAUGCACCAACAGCAUUUUUGAAAACCCAUUUUGCUUGUGGCUCCUUCAUUCUUAUUGUAAAUUAGUUUGGAAAUCAAGUUUUUACUGCAAUUGUGCUUU